GAGAAUUGCAAACAUGGCAUAUAAAGAUAACUUAUUUCAAUAGAAAUUUUAUGACUACAUUUCCAUAAAUGUUUUUCUCGCGCACCAGCACCAACACCCCAGCAUGCAAAAUAAGCAACAGCAUAUUAAGUAGUAAUGUAGUAUGACUGUUUCAAGCGGCUCCAUUUAAUUGAAGAAUGCAAUGAUUACAUCAAUUCAAAUGAAGUGCCAUCUUCAGCUGCACAGAUAAAUAAAUGGAAUUUUAACAAGUAGGACACAUUAAUAUAAUUUUUCUUAAAUAUUUUAACAGAGCAAGAAGAUGGAAGAAAUCCACGUUCUUGCUAUUGUAGCUAAGAAUAGACUACAACUUCUAAGAAUCACAUAGAGCAUAGUGAGGAUUAUAGGGUUGUAAUUCAUUUCUAAUUCAUUUAUCUCUUUAUCAACUACUAAAUCUAAGACUAGAAGACUGUGUCUAUUUUGAAUAAAGGACAAGAGUGAGUUGACAGCUCAUGGCUAGGUAUGGUCAUAAAUAUUAUCAUAUGUACCCCUUUUCCCCUGGUGGGAAAUAAGACAUUAGGAGUAGUCAAUUGGAUAUAAGUAACUCUAUAAAAGAGGCAGAGUAGGGGUAGACUUUAAAUCAUAAUGUUAAUUACCAGUUAAAGGAGCAAGAUGCUAAGAAACCAAAGAUGCUAAUACAGUGGAAAUUUUAUUUUGGGGCACUAUGAGGGAAUGUUUAUAAACAAUAUUGUUAUGUUGUAUAAAAAUAAAAUUCAAGAAUUUCAAAAAUAUAUAUAUAUAUACAAUGGGCUUCUUUUCAGUUUCCGUCUACCAAAUCCACUCACAAGGCUUUGGUUGGCCCGAGGAUAUAGUGGAAGAUACUUGCCCAAAGUACCACACAGUGGGACUGAACCCAGAACCAUGUGUUUGGGAAGUAAGCUUCUUACCACAUAGCCACUCCUGUGCCUAUUAUGUUAAAGUUUUUGUUAUUUUGGAAGGAAGAACACAAACAUAGGUGCUGAGCCAGUGACUAAACUUGUAUUAUUUUGUUGAGAUUACUCCAAUGAAUUGACACCAAGGUAGUUGCUUCUAUCAGAAUCAUUUACCUUUAAAGUGAAAAAACAAAACCGACAUAUACGACAGAACAUGGCUGGAGAGAAUGUUAAAUUUUUGUACACGGUUAAUAAUAACCAGUUACUGACUUCACAACAACGUUUUUUCUAUGACGUUAAUGGUUUUCUUGUGAUAAAGAAUCUGGUAUCUAAGGAAAAUAUUUCACAGUAUCUAGAAAGAUUCAAGCAGUUGUGUACUGGAGAAGCUCCUACACAUGGUAUGGACAUUAUGAAAGAUAUUGCUGCUGACAGAUCAGAAUAUGUUCCUGAGAAGAAAGCUAUUGCAAAACUACAAGGUUUCCAAGACGAUGAAGUCUUAUUUCAAUAUUGCUGCCUGCCAGAGAUUUUAAAAUACAUUGAGUCAAUUAUUGGCUCUAACAUAAUGGCAAUGCACACCAUGUUUAUCAAUAAACCACCUGAUUCAGGUUUAAAAACAACAAGACAUCCAAUGCACCAAGAUUUGCAUUAUUUCCCAUUCAGACCACCUGAGAAAAUUGUUUGCUCAUGGACACCACUCAUAAAGGUGAACAGAGAGAAUGGAUGCUUAGUUGUUAUUCCAGGCUCCCACAAACGGCUUUUGCAACCCCAUGGAUAUCCUAAUUGGGAGAAUGGUGUGAACAAAAUGUACCAUGGUAUUUUGAACUAUACUGUAGAAAAUAACAAAAUACACUUGGAUAUGGAACCAGGGGACACUGUGUUCUUUCAUCCAUUACUCUUCCAUGGGUCUGGACAGAACAGAACAAGUCAUUUUAGAAAGUCAAUCAGUUGCCAUUUCGCCAACUCCUGCUGCUACUAUAUAGAUGUCAAAGGUACAACACAUGAGAAUAUUGCAAAAGAGAUAACUGAUGUUGCCAGGCAAAAAAUUACAAAAUUGUUUGGUGAACAAGAUGCACAAGACAAGGAAGUCUCAAUACAGGAAACUUGGCAGAUAAGAGGUCGGCUGGUGAAAGGAAUAGAAGCCAAUUUAUAACUGAAUUAAUGAAGUUGACAUUUUGUGAUUUUUUGAAAUAUUCUUUAGAGAAUACUAACAAAUAAUUUUAAUAAAAGUUAAUUUUUGUUUUGUUGACCUAAACUAAAAAAAAAUUUUGAUUAUUGAAAUAUUCGAUAUUUUAUAAAGGUGCUACUUGUGAUCCACCACAGCAUCCAUAGUGUACACUGUCAAGUGACCAAAUUUGGGUUAGGAAUAGGGUUAAGGAUAGGGUUAAAGUUAGGGUUGGCUUUAAGGUUUGGGUUCAAGUUAAGGUUAGGGUUUAAUUACAUGCUAAAAUGUAAACAGCCAGGCAGACUACACACUAAAGUGGCACCUAGUAUUUUGAUUUUGAAGUUAUAGCUAUGUUUGUAUUAUUUUUUUUUUACAAUUUGAUUUUUAAAAAUAGUAAUUGUUUAACUAACAAUUAGUUAUAUAAAGUUCUCACUGAAAAAUUAAAGAUGAUUUAUUUUGUUGAAUUGUGAAAUAAAAGGUGGAGGGGAAGAGUGUUUAUUUGUGAAUUGAUGGUAAAUAUUCUAUUGAAUAAAUAACCAGAAGUUUAAUCUUUUAUCAUUCACAUUAUUCUGUUAAAAGUAAUGCUUAUUUAUUCACAUUGCUUUGAAUUAAUCAUGCAUUAUUUUGUAACUGUGAGAUUUUGUAUGAGGCAACUGUUAAUUUUUAGAAUGAUAUUGUAAGGUUGGUAAGCCAUAUCUGACCAGUUUGAACAUAAAACAGAUAGAAUAUUUUGGUUAGAUAUGGCCAGUUUGAAUGCUAAAGAGUUAAGUAUUCUAAUUAAUCUCUAAAACACCCACCAGCAUGAUUAACCCCAUGACAACAGUUUGCACUGACAGUAAUCAUCAUGACGGCCAAGAUCAGCAAUUAGCACACGACAAAGGUUCAGUGUAUAUUUACGUUAACCACUUUAAAGCAUGCAUUGUUUAUUUAUGUAAACUGUCAUCACUGGGUAGAACACUCAUGCGGUAUUACUGUGAAAAUAAGAUUACUCAAUAGCGUGAGAAGAAUUUGCUGAAUGUGUACAAAUUUGAUGGGAAGUCAUAGUGGAAAUGGUGGUGCAACCACCAAAAUUGCUGCUUUUAUACUAUUAUGGUGAUGAAGUCUCGAACCGAGUUGGAAAUAUUUACAUGAAGAGCCUAACAAACCUAUCAGAUUCCUUGAAAUUUGCAUGGUGGCCUCUAUUAUAGAUUCCAUGAGUGAUAGCUGAUAUUUAUAUCAACCAGUAUACAAACAGGUACAAAACUGCAGCAGAUAUGGCUGUGUAUAUUUUCGUCAUCUGAUUCAAAGUGAGUACACAGCGCACGUAAACACAGUAUCAACUGAUAUUAUAGGGUUAAAUACAAAACACACUGAUAUUUUUAAUACAGAUUACUUUUGUAUUUUGUUGUUUGGUAAUAGUUUUAUAAAUUUUUGUUAUAGCUUUUUAAGUUAGUGAUUAAAAUGCUAUCAAAAUAAUUUGGGAAAUAAAUCAUUGAGUUCCAUGUAAUUGAUAAUGUUUAUUUCAUUGAUUAUCUGAGAAUAUUAUUGAAUAUAUGUACAUGUUGAAUACAUAUUUUAUACAAUUUUGUACCUUAGACUUCAUAUUUCUUGCUAAUAGAAUCAUUAUACUUCAUUGAUACAGCAUUUCCAGAAUUGUCUCCCAUACAUCGUGACCAACUAUAGGUGUAAUGGUAUAUAAAUAAAUGUAUUCAGACUAAUAAUCUUA